UUUUUUUUUUUCAAUCCCUGAAUAAAUUUCUUUUUGUUUUGUUUUUAUCGUUUCUUUCUCUUUUCUUUCAACAUGAAUACAAUGUCUCCUAUGGAAAUGAUGUCUCUCCCUCACGCAGAAUCCAUUGCUUCACCUGGCACUGGUAUUGCUAAUUUACCAAAUCAACGUCACAAGAUUGUUGCCAAGAAUGGUGCCAAUUUUACCCUCAUGGUCUGUGGUGAAUCUGGUCUUGGUAAGACGACUUUUGUCAAUACACUCUUUACUUCUACUAUCAAGGAACCCAAGAACCUCAACAAAAGACGAGUCAAAUCACCUUCCAAGACUGUUCAGGUUCAAAUUACAAGAGCAGAAUUGGAGGAAAAAAUGUUCAAAGUCAAAUUGACCAUCAUUGAUACUCCUGGAUUUGGUGAUUAUGUCAACAACCGCCAUGGCUGGAUUCCUAUUGUUGACUUUAUUGAUGACCAACAUGAAAACUACAUGCGACAGGAACAACAACCAUGCCGUAAAGGUGUUAUUGAUAUGCGUGUACAUGCCUGUCUUUACUUUGUUAAGCCUACAGGACAUACUCUUUCUCCUUUGGAUGUUGAAGUCAUGAAAAGACUAGGCUCCCGUGUUAAUUUGAUUCCAGUCAUUGCUAAGGCUGAUACACUUACACCUUCAGAUUUAGCUAAAUUUAAACAAAAUAUCCGCGAUGUCAUUGCUGCUCAAAAUAUCCAAUGUUAUUCAGCACCUAUUGAAAGUGAUGAUGAAACAACCACAAAGCGCAACAUCAAUAUCAUGGCUGCUAUGCCUUUCUCUGUGAUUGGAUCAACACAAGAUGUAAUUACUGUAGAUGGACGUAAGGUCAAGGGCCGUGAAUAUUCAUGGGGUGUUGCUGAAGUUGAGAAUGAUGACCAUUGUGACUUUAAGAAGCUCAGAAGCUUAUUGAUUCGUACUCAUAUGUUGGAUUUGAUUACUACAACAGAAGAAAAUCAUUAUGAAAAUUACCGUCAAAUCCAGAUGGAAACACGUAAAUUCGGUGAUCCUCGUGUUGAAAAAGAUUCCAAUGCUAAAUUUGCUGAAGAAGAAGAACAGUUGCGCAAGAAUUUCACUGAAAAAGUCAAGUCUGAAGAAAUGCGUUUCCGUCAAUGGGAACAACAGUUGUUGUCUGAAAGAGAUCGUCUCCAUAAAGAAUUGGAACUUCAAAACGAACAAAUCAAGGAAAUACAGUUUGAUAUUGAAUCAUUUUAUAAUCAACGUGAUUCUCCUCGAACCAUUCGAAAGUAAUUUAAUAAAUUUAAUUCAAACUUUUUGGACAAUGUUGUAUUAGAACCAUUACUUUACCAUUACUGAUCGAAAUCGAUUCGUACUGUCUUUUAAAAAUAAAAC